AUGUGUCUUAAUUCACUGCGUGCUGGAGGACGCAUUAGGAUGCAUGUUCCAAGAAACCAAAAGAUAACUCUCCAGCACAUAUUUUCUUCCAAGGGUCUUGAAGAAAUUGGUACAAAAUCAGGUAUUAGGUGGAAAUGGGUUCCACAGGAAAAUCAACCUCCAAGAAGAUACUCAAAGCCUGGGAGCAUGAAAGUCAGCAUGCGCAGAUUGCCUGCUUUCACUGUUCCAGGCCUGCCAAUGGCCCAGGCCACGCUGCCAAGGGAGUGCGUGUGGCAUGACCAUAUAUGCCCCUGGAAAAACAAAUCACCACACCAUGGCACGUAUGCACAUGCCACCCAGAAUAUAGUCCAGGCAUACCAUGACAUGUGCGUGGCCAAAAAGAAUAGUUGGGAUGCAUCCAAAACUGGUGAACGGGGCAGCAUCCUUGACACGCCAGACAGUGUUGAUGUAGAUGCCCUUACUCGCAACACAGCUGUGAUUGCAACUUCUCUUCUUCAACACAUUUAUAACACAUCAGUUGAUGAAAUAUUUUCAGAGGGUUUGGAUGUUACAAGAGAGAGUGUGCAGUCUUGGUUAGACUUGAUGAGCUCCCAGCCAAGAUCUCCACAGCUACUUUCAGGGAAGAAUAACCCACUAGUCUCUACUCUUCACCAAGUACUGUCCAGAUAUACCAAUGAAGCUCGUGUAACCUAUGUAAAGGCAGACAAGAGGGACCCCGAGUGGGCUUUCUACGAUGUAACCAAAACCACCAUGGCUGCCUACGCUGUCAAACCUGCUGCCUUUGAUUUCCUCCUUACCUUGGCCAUUCUAAGUUAUUUGGGAGUGAUUUAUGUGUUCCUACAGUACUUCCCGAAGAUCUAUGUCAUGAUGGCAAGAAUCACCUCUCCACGCAAAUCUAAGGUUCAUUAAUAAGAUUUUGUUGUAAAAUAUGUUGUUAGUGUCAUUAUGCAUUGACUUAAAUGCAAUACAAUGGACUGUAUGUAUGUAUAUCUUAUGUUUAUCUGUGUUUGAUAUUUCUACAAAUUUGUGUGAAGUUUGAGAGAGAUCUUCUCCCUCAAUUUAUACAUGAAAAUUUCUGAAGUUUUUGUUUUUCUUUUAAGGAGCCUUGUUUUGAAACAGACUGUUAUUUUUAGAAAUUGAUUGUUUUAAGUAUUAAUUUUAUCCAGUUUGAUGUAUGGAAAAGCUUGUCGUGUUGGUGGGCGCUUGGCUUGGGCCAGCUAAUGCUUUUCUGCCAGGAAUCAAAUGGUUAUUUGUUAUCUCAGAGUAUUUUUGGGAUAGCCCUGGGUUGUAAUUAUGGGCAAAUCCUUUUUCAAGAAGAAUGGAAAUAAAAAGACAUACAAUUAAUAGUGAUGCCAAAAAUUAAGGGAAGAUGUUUAAGAAGAAACAGGAAAAAGCUGAUACAUUUCAUUAGCUGAAGCGAUAGUUGAAUGAUAAAAAGCAUACUUCAGAUUUGAUCAUUACAUUAUUGUGGUUGGAACUGAUCUUGUUUUUGCAUCUUGAUUCCAGUGAUAUUUGCUUCCUAAGAGAUUGUCACAAGAUGCAUUUUACAUAUAUUGUGUAGAGUAUACCAUUGUCAGUAUGAGUCAUUGUUAUACAAGCAUGAUGUGAUAUGUCAUUGUUGCCAACUUUAGCGUUAAAGGAAGGAAUGUACAUGCCAUCAUAAGGAAAACCAAAUUUCCAAAUUGCAAUGUGCUAUAUUUCAAGUAUUAAGUAAGAAGGCUGUCUUUAUGCAUUCUAAAGUUAAAGUAUGAAAGCAAUUUCAGGCAAAGGACUACAAGAUUUUGAUACUUAAUCAUUUAGUGAGAUGAAUGCGGGAUGUAAGAUUAAGCUUUUGUAAGCUUUUGGGUUUCAUAAUUGCAAGGGAGUAGCCUUGGUUUGGAUGGAUCAUUUCUACUUUUUUAUUCCUGUGAAUAUAUAUGUGUAUG